AUGGAAUUAGGUUUUCCACUAGACGUAAUCCUGUUUUUCACGUCUGCCCUUGCAGGAUUUUUCAUAUACACCAUAUAUUUUCGACCGAAAGAAUCGCUGAAAGCUUACAAGGUGGUAUCGAAACGUUUCAAGGACUCUAGUUUGUACAAGAGUCUCGGGUUCACCGCUGAGUUUCACGCCAUCGAGGAUAAAUUUGCAACAUUCGACGAAGUUUCGCGUGCAGUGAAAAACGCUGGUUUAGAGUCUAGUAACCUGAUUAUCGGUAUCGAUUUCACAGCUAGCAACGAAUGGCAAGGAAGAAAGAGUUUUUCCGGGCGAUCUCUUCAUCAUGUUUUCAACAGCACGAAGAAACUGAACCCAUAUCAGCGCGUGGUGCAGAUAAUUAGCAAGACUUUAGAACCAUUUGAUGAAGACAACCUUAUACCUGCGUUUGGAUUUGGAGAUUUAUCGACAAAAGAUCACAGCGUAUUUAGCUUUAACGUAGACGGAUCUCCUUGCAAAGGCUUGGAUGAUGUUUUAACGCAGUACAGCGAGGUUGUGCGUCGAGUUACUCUGAGCGGACCAACUUCUUUUGCUCCGCUCAUCAACAAAGCUAUAGAGAUUGUUAAACAAGAUCAAUCUUUUAAUAUUCUAGUCAUCGUAGCUGAUGGCCAAGUCGUGGAAGAACACGAUCAAAGCACACGAGAGGCGAUUGUGGAGGCGUCGAAUUUUCCCCUGGCUAUCUUAGUCGUUGGUGUUGGAGAUGGACCUUGGGACCGCAUGAAAGAGUAUGACGAACUUCUUCCACAAAGACGCUUCGAUAACUUUCAGUUUGUAGAGUUUGAAGAAGUUAUACGCAAUGCCAAGUAUCCAGACACUGCGUUCGCGCUACAUGCUCUCAUGGAAAUUCCAGAUCAGUAUAAGGCAAUCAUUGAACUUGGACUGAUGCAGUCGAAGAGUAAAGAAGAUUAA